AAAUCUUGCAAUAGACUUGAUUUUUUGCCAGUUAAAUGUGAUGCAUGUCAGUCAAUAUUUUGUACAGAUCAUAUGUCAUAUUUGAGUCACAUGUGUCCAAGUGCAUAUAAAAAAGAUAUUCAAGUACCAGUAUGUCCUCUUUGUAAUAUACCAAUACCAUUAAAACGUGGUGAUCCACCAGAUUUAGCUGUUGGUAUGCAUAUUGAUAACGACUGUCAAUCAGAUUAUGGAAAAUCUAAAAAACGUGUUUUCGUUAAUAAAUGCUCCAAUAAAGGUUGUAAAAUUAAAGAAAUAGUACGUGUUGAUUGUCACGAAUGUGGACUAAAUUAUUGUCUAAAGCAUAGACAUGCUGUUGAUCAUAAUUGCAUGGGUCGUGAUGCUGCUAUUAGACAAAAAAGAAUUGAUGCUGUUGUUAAAAAAAAUAAUCAAACUAGUUCUAAUCAAAAUGGACAGUCUAGUAGUAAUUUUAGAAAUCUUCAAGGAACUUUAAGUGAGGAUGAAGCACUUGCUAGAGCACUCCAAGCUUCACUUAUUGAUGAUGAACAAAAUCAGGAUUCUUCAAGUACAAAUGAUGGAAGCCGAUGUACUUUAUCAUAAAGUGCAUCAAUACAUUCUUUUUUUUUUUUUCACAUCACAAUACCUCAACUUAAUUAUUAAAUGGAUAUUUUAAAUUGACAACAAUCACAUUUCUAUUGUAAAUAAUAUAAUUAUUUUAAACUUUUAUGCAAUAUUUUCAUAUUUUAAAUUUAUUAAAAAAAAUAAUAUUAACAUUCCUUGAUGUUUUUCAAUGACAUAACAAAUUCAUUGCAAAUAAAUAUUUAUUAUCAAAAAGAA